AUGGCAUGUCGCCUUCGUUUUAUGAAGCCUGAUGUGGAUACCAUAUUGCGACAUACCAACACACAAUUAGAUCAUAUGAUUGUCGCAGCCCUCAUCGAGGCUGCCCUUCGUCUCUUGCCACCUGACAACACGCCCGAAGGCAAGGAAAGAUUGCAAAAGAAAAUGAAGGAUGCGCAGCUAGCGGAGAACAGCUUUACCCACCAAAUAAGAGCGAUGGACUAUCGGUUCCUCACUGAAAGUGAGCAAAAAGAACGAAAUCUGCAACCAACACCUGAUAUUCGGUUCCUGGAGCCUGUAUCAAUCCAUGGAAAAUUGUGUCACUGGUUAGAAUACAAAAACUACUUUGGGUUCAAAGCAAACCCAUUCGUCGCUGCGAAGACGAGGAAGCAAUUGCAAAGAUACAUGUCUGCUCUUGGACCAGGCGCAGUGGUCUAUCGUUUGGGAUUCGAGACUGAUCACAUAACGAUAGAGGGAAUCCAAUCUUUUCGCCAGGCAGAAACCUUGUAUUCCCUCAAUCAGCAAUCCAGGACUAAAUCAGGUGUGAAAUAG